AUGAGUCUCAACGUACUGUACAUAUGAUAUCGGGUAAUUUAAUCAAACCACAGGCUGCCUCAAUUUUGACAGCUCUGAAUAUUUAAAGGAGAAGAUGGUCCCCUAAACCAAGUCCGUCCUGCCCUCUCCAAAAUUUUCAAGAUUCAAUCAGACUAUCAACUCCCCAUCUCACUAUUAUUAUUAUACCGCACUGCUCCCAUCAUGGCCGCUCACACCGUCAAACUCCUCCGCCCCAGCGCCCUCCAACUCGACGCCAACACACCCUGCGUCCUUGAAAUCCACAUGCCCAUGACCCUCCCGCACCGCCUCGACCCGUCUCUGCCCGCGCCUCCGUACCACGCAGGCACUAUAACCGCCGAAGACUUCCGCGACGAUCACGCUAUGCCCCUGCUGCGAGGCCUCAUGGCCCAGAUUGCCGCCCACAUGCUCGGACCCGAGUAUGCCGCCGCCACCUUGGCGGCCCAGACAACUGCAAAGGACGAUAACAUCGUUCUACGGCUCUUGGACACGUGGGAUGGCAAUGCUGUUACCGACAGAGCCGGCUUCGACUUUGCCGCUGGGUACUGGAGGGACAUGCAUGGUAAAGAGGGCCAUGGUACCAUUUAUGCGUAUGAGGAUAUGGGUGACCGGAUUGAGGUUAUUCACGGAUUCAAAUUCCACCUUGUAUGUGGGAUCCGAGAGGCCGAGAGGCUGCGCAAGAUGAAUCCGCGCGUUGUCCGGUUUGAUGUGGAGGAGGAUGGUGGCAGUGGGGGGGUUUGGAUUCUGGGAAUGAGGUGGUGUUUAAAGUCAGGGAGUAUACCGAGGAUAUCAGAGCACGCUCUGUGAACGUUGAUGUUGCUAUGAGGAUGGCUCUCGAGGAUGCCCAUGCUAGUGUUGCAGACGGUGGCGGGAGAUAACGAUGUGCUGUUCAACCGAGUCUUCCAAAUGCCAGAGCCUCCCUUGCCAGAGUAAGCUGUCCUUUCCUAGGUUGAUAGCGCCCUCUAACUAGCCGUCAGUCUCCCACGAUUCCUAUAUAUAAGGAGGGCACUGUUCCUCCACCGUUGGCCAGGCGACCGCGUGUGGCG